AUGGUUGUUUCUGGCGCCGCUGGUGUCUUCGCUCACGGGCCCGAGAGGCAGUGCCGCGUAUCCACGCUUUUCUCCGCUGCCCGUGGCCUCCGUCUUCGAUCUCUCCCCCGACGACCUGCGCCUGUCGGUUGGCUUCCAGAAGGCGGGGUAUUGCGUGCAGGCCGCGGUCGGUUUUGCCGAAGACCGCCACCAGGCAUGGAAGGUGAGUGCGCCCUUUCCCGUCGGUGUCCAGAUCGAUGGGCCCCUGAGGCCACUGUAAAGGCGGCGCUGACCCUGUGUUGUCAACAGACGCAACAUCCCGAUGCCACCGUCUACCCGGGCUGUGUUGCAUCCGCCCUCGCGACGAUGGACUACGACCUCUCCAUGCAACCGGAUGACAGAGGGCGUGAUGUGCCCCGCAUUGUGACCAUUAGUGGCGAGGGCUCUUUCGCUAAAUCAGCCGCCGGUUGGCUCGACCCUAGCUCCUCGGGCUUCGAUGGCAUCAACGGUCUCUCCGGGGAGACGCUGAGUCCGCUUCAACAGUGUGAGCUCGCGGCGCAGUCUCCAGGGCUGAGUCCGGACUUCAUCGUGCUGACGAUGUCCCGGUCGAUCUUGACAGACCAGUUGUGGGGCUCACUGGCUCGCACCAUGGGUCUUCUCCUCGAGCAAGGGUAUGCGGUGGCGCUGCGGCCGGUCUCUCUGCCGGAUCCGGGGCAGCGUGGCGAGCGAUCGGUUCUCCUCCUCGCCGCCCCGGGCCGCACCGACCCACAGUGGAUCGAUGACACGCUUUCCGACCUGCGAAUGGUGUCGGCCUCGGACGAGCUGCUGGAACGUGCGGAGAACGAGAGCGGCGUCUCUAGCGUCCCGGCCGUGGACGAUGUAGCGGCAGCCGAGUCGGCGGGUGGAGGCGAUGCUAGUCCUCCAUCGGAUUCUACUCCUCGGCGUGGUGACAGCGUUCGCGCGGAUGGCGCACAACAUAUUGCCGCCACGGUCUCCCGGAUUAUCGGAGAAUUCUCAACCAAGUGCGCGCUGACGACGAACCUCCCCCGGUUGGUAGUGACCGACAAUUCGGAUGGCGCGCAGGACAGAGCCAAGCGACAGAGGAUGUAG